CUAGGUAACCUGGCAGCUCUUAAAGACAAAGUUCCCAUCCCUGCCCUUGAUCAACUUGGCAGCAUCACUUUGGAAUUUCCAUUCUUACAUACCUACAUCCUUAUAUCUUUCCAUCCUUCAUACUACACACUACAUACUACAUAUUACACAUUACUUACUACUUACAUACUGAUAUAGUCGUAUUAGUAGUGGUAAUAGUAGUAAUAGUAGUUGUGCCUCCAAUCCUUCAAUCAUGGCCCUUCCUACUCAGUUCGAGGGCGUUUUGCCCUUGUACAUGGUCCAGAAACCACCAUUUAUGGUUGAAGCACCUGGAGCUCCAGAAGUCGAAGGCGAAACGAAACCAUACAGGCAUUUCAAGGCCAGGGAUGGUCUCAUCAAUCGCCCUGCCUCUAACAUCACCACCAUAUAUGACGUCCUAACAGACAGCGCCGACAAGCAUGGAGAUAAACCAGCAAUAGGUUCUCGCAAGCUCAUCAAAACUCACACUGAGACCAAAAAGGUUCCCAAAGUUGUUGAUGGUGUCAAGACCGAGGUCGAUAAACAGUGGACCUACUUCGAAUUAUCUCCCUACUCGUUUCUUACCUACAACGAAUACAAGACUCAGGCUUUGCGCGUGGGGGCCGGACUGAGAAAGUUGGGUCUUGAGGUCAGCGACGUAUUACACAUCUUCGCAACUACAAGUGCGAAUUGGUUGUGCAUGGCCCAUGGCUGCGCUUCUCAGUCUAUCACGAUAGCAACCGCAUACGAUACUCUUGGCCCAGAUGCUGUCGAAUACUCCCUCACCCAGACGAAUGCCAAAGCGAUGUAUACCGAUCCUCACCUGUUAAAGACCGCCAGCCGCCCCUUGAAGAAUGCAGAAGAUGUCAAAUUCUUGGUCUACAAUGACUCGAGUAAUAUCCCCAUCUCUGAUAAAGAAUUGGAUGACUUCAAAGCCGCACAUGCAGGAAUCACUGUAAUAUCCUUCUCCGAACUCGUUGCCCUUGGCGAGGAAAACCCAACAGACCCAGUACCCCCGAAACCCUCCGACAUGUGCUGCAUCAUGUACACCUCAGGUUCGUCCGGAACUCCAAAGGGAGUCCCCAUCACGCACGAAGGCAUCGUGGCGGGCAUCACUGGCCUUACCACUGUUAUCGCCGAGACCGUCUCUCACCGUGAUGUCAUCUUGGCCUACUUACCCCUUGCACACAUCCUCGAGAUGGCUGUGGAGAAUCUAGUAAUGUUUAUUGGCGGCACGUUGGGCUACGGCUCUCCACGUACUUUAGCCGACUCAUCCACACGAAACUGCGCUGGUGAUAUGCGAGAGCUUGCACCCACCGUCAUGGUCGGCGUGCCCCAAAUAUGGGAGACCAUCAGGAAAGGCAUCGAGGCGAAGGUUAACUCUGGUGGCGCGUUAACCAAAAACCUGUUCUGGGGCGCCUACAGUCUCAAGUCUAUGCUGAUAUCAGCUGGUUUGCCCGGGGCAGGGUUACUCGAUGCUUUGGUGUUCAACAAAGUUCGCGAAUCGACGGGCGGAAGGGUGAGGUUCCUUUUCAAUGGUGCGAGCGGCAUAUCGGAUGGUACGCGACGGUUCGUAAGCAUGGUGCUUGCGCCGAUGAUAACAGGUUAUGGUCUAACGGAGACAUGUGCCAAUGGUGCCUUGGGCUGUCCUUUACAGUGGACACCUAAUGCCAUUGGCCCCGUACCAGCAUCCCUAGAGAUCAAGCUUGUCAGUUUGCCGGAUCUGAAUUAUGAUGCCAAGAGCACUCCACCGCAAGGCGAGAUCUUACUCAGGGGUCUACCCGUAUGCAAGGAGUACUACAAGAACCCUGAAGAGACGGAGAAGGCCUUCACCGCAGAUGGAUGGUUCCGGACCGGUGAUAUCGGAGAGAUAGACUCGGUGGGUCACAUCAAGAUUAUAGAUCGUGUCAAGAACCUAGUCAAGAUGCAGGGAGGCGAGUAUAUUGCACUCGAGAAGUUGGAAGCCGUGUAUCGUGGUAGCGAGUACGUUGCAAACCUCAUGGUAUACGGUGAUAGCGAUCACGCCCGCGCCAUUGCUGUCAUCAGUCCCAAUGAAAGGUCGCUCAACGAACUUGCUAAGAGUCUGGACGUUGACCAUGCGCACGCACAUACAGACCCGAAAGUCUUGGCUGCUGUGCACAAAGAUCUGACUAUCGCUGGCAAGAAGGCCGGGCUCACAGGUCUUGAGAUGGUGAGCGGUGUUGUGCUGGUUGAGGAGGAGUGGACGCCUGCUACUGGUCUCGUUACCGCAACACAGAAAGUAGACCGCCGGGCAUUAAAGAAGGCUUAUAAGAAGCAAAUUGACGAAUGCUUCAAGCGAUGUGGUUAGGUGAUUAGCCUACAUCUUUCGACAUUUUACCUACUAGUAAGUAGGUAGGUACUUCACCUAGGUAAUAUAUAAAAAUAUCCAACCUGCCAGAGUCCAGCGAGGGUAUACAGGCAGGUUUCUACCUAUCUAUUAUAUAUAUGCAUAUAUAUAAGUAUGUGUCUGUUACCUCCUUUUCUUCGCUACCUAGGUGCGUACUACGAAUAGUAAACCAUGGGCUCGGUCGGUUGGUCGGGCCGAGGGACUCGGAUGGAAAGACGGGAUCUCGCGGAUUGUAUAUGUAUAUUGGCCUACAUACCUAUGUAUGUAGGCACCUAUCAUCAGCGUUGCUUUUUGCUCUAUUUAGUAGUUAUGGCAUGUACUUCUACAUACUUCCGUGUAGUCUUGGAUCUAUAUAGCGAAUACGAUCUGAUGGAUGAUUA